CUUUGUCCCCAUCAAAGGAAAACAAACACAUACACACAAAAAUGUCAACCAAAAACCUCCUCUCCCUCUCCUUUCUCCUCCUCCUCCUCCACAUUGCUUCCGCCGACCCUGUCCGACUCCCCCACAAACCCCUCUCCAUGGCAAUCGAAGGAUUGGUCUACUGCCAAAACUGCAAGAAAAUCGGGACGUGGUCGUUGACGGAGGCCAAGCCAAUCAGCGGAGCCAAGAUCAGUGUGAUUUGCAAGAACCAUAACGACCAAGUAAAGUUCUACAAGGUGUAUCAAACCAACAAAGAUGGUUACUUUUACGCAGAGUUGGUUGGGUACCAAAUGAACCACCCGGUUCUCGACCACCCACUUCAAGCUUGUAAAGUCAAGCCUGUUUCUUCCCCACUUUCCGACUGUAACCUUUUAACCAAUCUCAACUAUGGUCUCACUGGAGCCCCACUCCGGUUCGAGAAAAAAUUUGUGGUCGGCACCAAUUAUAGGGCCGCUGUUUACGCCGCCGGGCCACUGGCUUUCCACCCUCAGAAAUGCCUCUAGAUCAUUAUAUUAUAUUGAGUAAUAUUAUACAUUUUAAACUUCUAUAUAUAAUUUAUACUCUCUAUGUGUGAUUUAAUGUGUUUUGUUUUGUUAUUUUCUUUUGGGGGCUAUUCAUGUGUUUGGGGUUUGGAAUUUGUUUGGUGCUAAAUGUAGUUUGAUGUGUUUUUGUUCAGCCAGAAAUGAGAGAAUGAGAAAGAAGUGAAACUUUUUUGUUUGGAUUUAACUUUUUUCCAUUUUAUGAUCCUUAAUUGGAUGAUGUAGCAAUGGGAAUUAUAUAUAUAUAUAUAUAGUAGUGAGAA